AAUUUAAUAUCUCUCUAUAAACCUCAUGCGCAGUUACAUAUAAUAUUAUUCCGAAGAUAAGGGGGUAAAUUUACCAGUAGCACUAAAUAUUAUAAAAUAUCGAUCGAUAUAAUAAUAUAAUGUUAUCUACGGUAAUUUCCAGUGAAUUCAAAUUGCCGGUUAUCAUAAAACGGACGUAAAUUCGCAGCUCGUAAUAACUAGUUCCGGUUUAGACUUAAACUGAUAAUUAAGGGAGGAAUUAAAUCACUCAUUGAAAAUUAUAUAUCAUCGCGUAUUUAUUAUUUAUAUCAAAAUAACAGCCGCGUAAAUAAGAUAUUGUUGUUGUCGAGGGGUUUCGCGGUUUCAUGAAGAGCAACUUCAUUACUUCGAUGACCGCCUGUAUAAAAUGAAGUCGCGUUCGUCAAUUUAUUUGCUGUUCAUUAUUUUUUUGACUCUGUCACUUUCGGCGAUUGAAGGGUAUGACGUACUCGCUAAAUUUACCGGUGAUUAUUUUAAAAAAUUUUACGUCAGUCAGAUUGUGGUUUUUGGAUGUUGGGAAAAUCACAUCAGUGUGGCAUUUAGUAAAUCAAUAAUGAAGAACACGCAUAAUAAAUUGAUGUAUGUUAAUAUAAAUGACAAUUUGAAUUUGGACAAGUUGUUGAAAGUUGACUAUUGGAGUCUGGGAAUUGUUUUGGAUUUAGAUUGUCAACGGAGUCAAAUUAUAUUUGAUCAGUUUUCAGAGCAAAAUUUACGUCACAAUGAAUCUUAUUUUUGGUUGAUGCCAACGAGUAAAGAAAAAAUACCAGAUUAUUUUCACAAACUUCCACUGAAUAUCGCUAACGAAAUGACUUUGGCUGUUCGCAAAAAUAAUUAUUUACAUAACAGUAACAAUGACACUAAUAAUAACAAUAUAAGUUAUAUACUCUACGACGUUUACAACCCCAGUUAUCGUCACGGCGGUAAACUCAAUGUCACUUACAUGGGACACUGGAGUCUAAACGAUCGUGAUAAAGGUACUUUAACAAUUUCCUUGACGCAGUACAAGUACAAAAGACGUGGAAAUCUUUAUGGUCUUGUUUUAAAUGCGUCGAUUGUUGUUGAUCAUCCUCCGGUACCGGAUUACAAUACAUACAUUCACAAUCCGAUAAAUCCGCAUUUAGAUACAAUGCAUCGAUACAAUUACGCUCUGACACUUCAAUUGCGUGAUUAUUACAAUUUUACAAUGAAUUUGAAAAGAGGAACGACUUGGGGUUAUUUGAUAAACGGAACUUUUAAUGGAAUAAUUGGAGACAUGAUGAAAGGGCUCGUAGAUUUCGGAGCGACUCCAUUUCAGUACAAACCCGAAAGACUUGAUGCCAUUGAGUAUACGGUUCAGGCCUGGAUGGCAAGACCCUGUUUCAUAUUCAGGCAUCCUACGACCAAUGAGCUGAGCAACCCGUUUUUGAAACCCUUUGAGAUGAAAGUUUGGUACGUUAUUGCCAUCUUUGCUGCUGUCAAUUGGAUUUUUUUGUAUACGUCUGUCAAACUCGAACACAAGCUGGUUAUGAAGCAGCCCGUUUGCACUUUGGAUACUUAUCCUGCGUCAGAGAUCAUUAUGAUCACUACUUCUGCGAUUUGUCAGCAAGGACUGAGUGACGGGCCACGAUUUUAUGCAGGACGUAUUGUCUUCAUAUUUCUUUUUAUAUGGGGAUUUUUACUCUAUCAAUUUUACUCAGCUAGUAUCGUAGGUUCUUUGCUGGCCGGAAAACCUAAAUGGAUAAAUACUUUGCAAGAUCUCGCUGACAGUAACCUAGAAGUUGGUAUUGAAGAUAUUGCAUACAAUUAUGAUUUUUUUGCAACGACAACGGACCCUGUAGCUCAGCAGCUGUACCGCGAAAAAGUAGCCGUCAAUAAAAAGCGUAAGCGAGAGCCUUAUUAUACAAUUGAAGAAGGUCUUCAGAGAAUGCAAAAAGGCGGGUUUGCUUUUCAUGUUGACGUUGCGACCGCUUAUAAAAUAAUUGAAGAAACAUUUGACGUCAAUGAAAUAUGUGACUUAGUUGAAAUUCAAUUAUUCCCGCCAAAACAUACCGCAACAGCAACGGCGAGGUUUUCGCCUUUCAAAAAAAUGGUCACUUAUGGAUUGAGACAGGUAGUGGAGCACGGAAUGGCCCGUAGGUUGAGAAAUGUAUGGAUGCAUCGAAGACCAGAGUGUCCGGAAAGUCACAAAGACGAUCCAGUCCCUAUAAUGAUCACCGAAUUCAGUCCCGCGUUAUUUCUUAUGUCAUGUGGGUGGUUUGUGUCGAUGUGCAUUGUAAUAGGGGAAAAAUUGGCGAUGAAAAAACAAGAAAUUGGAGAAAUUAGGGAUGGCGAUGCUGGUGCUGACGGUUACGAAGAUCCAGAAGAUUUUGAUCGACAAACGGCAUCGACUAAUUCACAGACUAGUAGAAAGUCUGGAUAGUUUUUAUUUUAAUAAACUAUUAAUUUAUGGAAUUUUAUAUUUUAUAGAUAAA